AGCGGCGCCGCGGCGGCGAGCCCGGGCCCAGGCCGCUAGCGAAGGAUGAACUCCCGCACCUCCCCGCACCGGCAGCCCACGCAAGAGCCCGGCGGCAGCGGCAACUGUAGCAGCGGCAGGAGCGACGGCGAGAGGGAGCGCAUCCGGAGCCGCAUGAAAAUGGUGAUCGGGCAGCUGGAAGGCAUCCUGCAGGAGCUCAAGGAGGUGGCCAAGGAGCUGCGGGAGGUGGUGAGCCAGAUCGACCGGCUGACCUCGGACUUCGACUUCGAGCUGGAGCCCGACGACUGGACCACAGCCACGGCCAGCAGCACCUCGAGCAGCGACAAGGGCACGGGCGGCGGCGAGCUGGGCGCGCUCGACCUGCUCGCCGCCGACAUCCUCUCCGACAGCUGGGAGUUCUGCUCCUUCCUGGAGGCCUCCACGCCGUCGGAGGCGGGCGAGGGCACGGGGCCGGGCCGCCCGCCCGACUACCGGCUGCUCAACGGCGGCGUGCYGCUGGCCAACGGCCCGCGCGGCGGCACGCCGGACUCGUCCAGCGAGGAGGCCUUCGGCACGAGCUCCCUGCCCGUGGCACCUCCCAUCCCGCCCGGCAGCGGGAUGCAGCAAGCUGGGAUGCUCCUGGCCACCGGCAGCACAGGCACCAUCUCCUCGGGAUGCUCCAUGCCCUGA